AUGUUGAUUCCUUUAUUUCAAGUAUUAUUUGCUGCAAUACGUACUAUUUCAUUAUCAGCUGUCAAUUUAACACUGUAUUCAGUAUUAUUACAUAUUUUUAAUUACUGGUUGGGUUUUAAUGGUGUUAUAUCAUUCAUUUGUUCGGCUUUUUGUUUAUCGAAAACAGUUCGUUAUUUGCAACGUAUAUGGCUCAAUGCUCGUCUAGCUAAUAAAAAGCUAGACGAAAAAAUUUUUCUUGAUCAAUUGACAUGGCAAUCACCAACGACGAUGCCUAUAAAAACGGAUAAUGAAAAUGAACCAGUUGAUAAGUUUGAAAUGGAUUGGAAAUAUUUACUUGAUGAUGAUACUAAAAAUAUAUUUUCAUCAAUUGUUAAUGUACCAUUUAGUAAUGGUUGGCUAUUUAUUACAACAAUAAUAAUAGUUAAUUAUCAAAUGGAAAAUUUCGGUUAUAGUUAUAUAGGAUCAUUGUUUCGUACAAUUGGUCCUUUGAUCAUAUUACUAUGUGGUUCAACUGUGCGUUAUCAAACAUUAUUUGAACGCGAUAAAAAGAAUUUUUUUAAUAUAAUGCUUAAAAAACGUGAUGACAUGGAACGUUAUAUUAUUUAUUCAAAUAAUACUACACCUAUUGCAUCGGCUUGUUUACAAAUACUAAAUAAUUCUGAAAUACCGAUAUUUAUGGUACAAUUAUAUCAAUUAAAUUCUAAGUUUGAUGAUUAUCUAUAUGAUGCAGGAAAUUAUAUGUGUCAAAAAUUAAUUGAACGUAUUAAAAUUUAUGGAGAUGAAAAUAAAAAGUCUGUUCGCCUAAUAUGGUCAUUUCCAACAUGUAGAAACAAUUGGAGUAUUCCAAUAAAAAAUAAUAAAUUGAUAUUAAAACAUACAUAUAAAGAUUUUUCAUUUUUGCCAUUCGUUAAUUCCCAUGUUGAACAAUAUGAGUAUACUUAUGAAUACAAAGAUUUAUCAUCAGAAAUUAUUAAUGACCCUAUUCAAACUGAAUAA